ACAUCAGUAACAUGUCAGCUGAGCGGUUUCGUAUCUUCCGAGCAGAGAAGACGUACAGCGUGAACGCCGGGAAGUGGUACUUUGAGUUUGAGGUGCUGACGUCCGGGGAGAUGAGGGUCGGCUGGGCGCGGCCUGGCUGUCUACCUGACCAGGAGCUGGGCUCUGACCAACACGCUUUCGUCUUCGACGGAUUCAAGGCCCAGCUGUGGCACCAGGGUAACGAGCACUUCGGCAGGUCGUGUGCUCCAGGUGAUGUGGUGGGCUGUAUGGUUGAUCUGAACGAACACACCAUGAUGUUUACCCACAACGGAGAGGUGCUCCUGGACCACUCAGGGUCUGAACUGGCCUUCAAGGACUUUAGGGUUUGGGAAG